UUUUGCGGGGAGAGGGUUUCCUUUUUCACUGCUUCGUUGCACAGUUUCUACUUUUGCACUUCUCUGUUCUGCUCUGCUUUGGUGCCGGGGCCAGUUGUUUGUGUGCUCCUUGUCUUUCCUUUGUGUGCACGCUCACUCUCGACUCUCGACUUCAUCAUGGCGGAUCCUGAAGUUGAAGUUGCACAGCCCAAGAAGAGAACUUUCAAGAAGUUCACCUUCCGAGGAGUGGAUCUGGAUGCCUUGCUUGAUAUGGGCAAUGAUGAGCUGGUGGAGCUCUUCAACGCCCGUGCUCGCCGAAGGUUUCAGCGCGGUCUGAAGCGCAAGCCCAUGGCCUUGAUAAAGAAGUUGCGUAAAGCAAAGCGUGAAGCACUACCUGGUGAGAAACCUGAGCCUGUCAGAACACAUCUUCGCAACAUGAUCAUUGUGCCAGAAAUGAUCGCGAGCGUAAUUGGUGUUUACAACGGCAAGACAUUUAAUCAGGUUGAGAUUAAGCCUGAGAUGAUUGGUCACUACUUGGCCGAAUUUUCCAUAUCAUACAAGCCUGUGAAGCACGGACGGCCUGGUAUUGGAGCUACCCAUUCGUCACGGUUCAUCCCACUCAAGUAGACGCGGUUGAAAUUGUGGCUGUUAUUGUUGCCUCGUGCGAUAAUGCCAACAUUUUUGGAAGUUGCAACUGAAAGCAUUUUCUGGAUGUUUUUUUUUUUCUUGUUGAAGUAGGGUUGAACAACUAAAUAGCUUAUUUUUUCUGGAUUUUAGUCUUACCCAAUGCCCGCUUUACAGACGUUGUGCAUAUGAAAUUUGAUUGCAUACUAGGGAGAGAAUUACAGAUGUAAUUAGUAAUGCACUCUUUGGAAAUUCUUAGAGUUGGUUUACCGCGUUUGUUAUAAAGAUUAAUGCAAAGGUGGAGUAUGUCGUCGAAAUAUGUGCUCGAUGGUUUGCGAACUCCAUUUUCAUUUGACAAUAUACUAGUUAAAGCUUCUCCAA